AUGGCAAAAGCAUACUUCGUGUCUUUGGCAAUUGGAAUGAUCUUUUUGUCACAAACCAUGGUGGGAUUCCUAGCCAAUUUUUUUCUUCUUUAUCAUUAUAUUUUCCUUUACCAUACUAAAAGCAAGUUGAGAUAUGUAGAAUUGAUUCUCAAGCACAUAUCGAUAGCCAACUCCUUACUUAUUCUUUCUGAAGGACUUCCUCAGGUAAUGGUAAACUUUGGACUGAAACAUGCUUUCAAUUAUUUUGUCUGCAAAUUUAUCUUGUAUAUGGAGAGAGUUGGCAGGGGUGUGUCAAUUAGUACUAUCUGCCUCUUGAGUGUCUUCCAAACUAUCAUGAUAAGCCCCAUCAACUCCUGUUGGAAAGAUCUUAAAAUCAAAGCUCCAAAGUACAUUGGCUUAUGCAUUUGCCUCUGCUGGUUUCAACAUAUCGUGGUAAAUUUCAUUUUCCCUGUGUAUCUAAUGAAUGUAUCUGAAAAUUUUCACAGCAGAAACAUCACAAAGAAAAGAGAGAUGAGAUUCUGUUCUGUUGCAGAUCAAGGGGAAAUCCUGGGCUCAGUCUAUUUGACAUUCAUAACAUUUCCUGAAGUUAUUUUUUCUGUGCUCAUGGUCUGUGCAAGUGGCUCCAUGAUUUUUACUCUGUACCGACACAAACAGCAUGUCCGACACAUUCACAAGACAAAUGUUUUCUCUAGAUCCCCUGAGUCCAGAGCCACCAAAAGCAUCCUUCUUCUCGUGGGCACUUUUGUAUCAUUUUACAGCAUAUCAUCUCUCUUUAACUUUUGUAUUGCUCUUUUUCCUGAGGUAUAUUGGUGGCUGGUGAGCAUUUCUGAUGUACUUUCUCUGUGUUUUCCAACUAUCUGCCCCUUUCUCGUAAUGAACCAGGUUUCUUUUUUAUCCAGGCUCUGCUUUGCUUUUAUAAGGAACACUCACCUUGCUGAUAAGACAUAA